UAUCUAAUGCUCAGCCCUUACUUCACAACCCUCUUAAGUUUUCUGUUUCUUCUUCUUUCUUCUUCUCUUAUCUCUUCUCUUCUCCUCUCUGGUUCAACAAAAAUGAUCUCUAAGUUCAGAAAGGCCUCCAAUUUGGUUGACCAUAAGCAGAGCUCAGUGGCUGUUGGAUUGAAAAUCCUUAUACAGAUCUCACAAGGGAACAAGUCAAAUAUCAUUGUGAAAUCUUCAUUAAGAUUGAGCCAGCCCACCCCUGAGUUCUCUUGCUUUCUCAAAACAUGUCACUUAUGCAACAAGGGAUUAAGCCUUGAGAAAGAGGUCUACAUGUACAGAGGUGAUCUAGGAUUUUGCAGCAUACAGUGCAGGAACAGACAGAUUGUGAUUGAUGAAAUGAGAGACUUAGAGGCUUCUACCAAGCAAAUGCUAGCAUCUUACAGGCGCGGCCAAAAUCGUUGCAGCAGCAAUACUAAGAGUCGGCUUAGUGUCUUAGAAGAUGUACAUCUACAACAAGACCGAAUCCCACAGCACAGAAACAUAUUUGCACUUUAAAUUAAGGGGAUAAUAUAUAAUUUCUCUUUAUUAACUUUGUAUACUCUUUUUAAUUUUCUAGCUUCCAUGAGUUAAAAAUAGCUAAGCGGGAAGAAAAACUUAAUGAAAUGAGCUGUUGGAUUGUUUAAUUAUUGUUAUAUAACAAGAUAUAAAAAAAAAUUAUUACAUUUUUUUUUUGAGGCAGUUUCUUGAUUUGUAUCCCUUUCUAUUUUGAGAUAAGUAUCAAUUCACCUUCUUGCUCUAUCGCUUUCUUUUAUUGUUUGUUUAUGAUAACUGGAAAACUCUUAUUGGAGGCAGCAAUAACAAGAUCUUUGGCCCUAGAUA